CUUUGGUGACAUGAAAAGAACUUGUUGGUGUCAGAGCUGGACGUUACGGAGCGACACUCUGCGCCUGUUUAUGUGAACUUUUAAUGUUUAUAAUGACAAAAGUUUUAGGUUUUAUUUUAGUGAUGAAUUCACUCCUCUGCUGCGGACAUGCUGAAGACGCAAACCUGAUUAUUGAUCCCAACUGGUCGACUUUUCAUCCUGGAGAGAGCGUGACGUUCAUUUGUGACAUGAGUGAAGGAGAAGAGACCGACUGGCAAUAUGAGAUUAGAAGAAAUGAAAAACAAUUUAUUCAAUACAAUACGCACAAAAGCUACACAUUACAAGGUAUCCAAAUCGAUCAGAGUGGUGAAUACCAGUGCUGUGGACUCAGGAAGAGCUCUGAUGAUACCGACUGCAGUGAUACUGUCUCUUUAACUGUUACUGCUCAACCCAAAGCCAAACUGACUGCAGGUCCCACAACCAUACCAGUAGGGGGCAGUGUGACACUGAGCUGCUCAGUGGAGCCCUCUGCUGGAUGGAAAUACAGAUGGGUCAGAAGGACCCAAAACACACCUGAAGUUGAACUCACUGAAGAAGGAAACAGAGAUAUUAAAGUAACACAAGGAGGAAUAUACCGAUGUAUUGGAAAGAGAGGAAAUGGAGACUAUCCCAGUCUUGUAAGUGACGAAGUGAGCUUCAAUAUAACCUUUUCCAACGAGGUUUUUGUGACUCGACGACCAAACCGGACUCAGAUCUUCAGUGGUGAGUCGAUCACUCUGACAUGUGAGGUCCAGGGAGGAGAAACCACUGAGUGGACGUGUGAAUGGAAGAGAUCUGGGAAACCUGUAAAAGUGGGAAAUGAUAAACACCUGACUGUCAGUGAUGAGUCUGGCAGUGGAGACUACAUGUGUCGGUGUAGACGCAGAGACGACUGGUAUUCUGUGACAAAGUGGAGUGAAAAGAUCCCAGUGUCUGUGUCAGUAUCAGUGUCCACUCCUGUCCACUCUUCAUCUGUCGUCCCUAUGAUCAUCGGACCUGUUGGUGGGAUCCUCCUGGUUCUUCUUCUGGUGUUACUGUGGUACUACAGGCGGUCCAACGAUUUUCGCUGCCCCGGGUGGAAACUGUCAAAAAUCAGCUGUGGAGUAAAUAAUGGAUUAAACAAGAAUGACACUGAUGAGAGCAGCUCUCCUCUGCAUGGCGGCGAUCAUAUCUAUGAGUCGGUCAACUUCUCAGACUCCAGCGGAAAAGUGGCAGAUAAACCCGGGGAUGCAACCUACUCUCUCAUUGAACCGAAAAACUUUGGGGAAAAGAGUGCUCCAAAUAAACCAGUAGAGGGCGCUGUUUACUAUCGUCUGGAGUCAGAAAUGAAAGGCAGGGGGCGCCCUGGAGCAAAAGAAGAGGCUGUUUAUUCUGAAAUCGACUCGGGACCAGAGAACAAUAACACCAUCUAUGCAAACCUGAUUAUUGAUCCCAACUGGUCGACUUUUCAUCCUGGAGAGAGCGUGACGUUCAUUUGUGACAUGAGUGAAGGAGAAGAGACAGACUGGCAAUAUGAGCUUACAAGAAAUGGAAAACAAUUUAUUCAAUACAAUACGCACAAAAGCUACACAUUACAAGGUAUCCAAAUCGAUCAGAGUGGUGAAUACCAGUGCUGUGGACUCAGGAAGAGCUCCAAUGAUACCAACUGCAGUGAUACUGUCUCUUUAACUGUUACUGCUCAACCCAAAGCCAAACUGACUGCAGGUCCUACAACCAUACCAGUAGGGGGCAGUGUGACACUGAGCUGCUCAGUGGAGCCCUCUACUGGAUGGAAAUACAGAUGGUUAAGAAAGACCCAAAACACACCUGAAGUUGAACUCACUGAAGAAGGAAACAGAGAUAUUAAAGUAACAAAAGGAGGAAUAUACCAAUGUAUGGGAAAGAGAGGAAAUGGAGACUAUUACAGUGUUGUAAGUGACGAAGUGAGCUUCAAUAUAACCUUUUCCAACGAGGUAUUUGUGACUCGACGUGAGUUGAUCACUCUGACAUGUGAGAUCCAGGGGGGAGAAACCACUGAGUGGACGUGUGACUGGAAGAGAUCUGGGAAACCUGUAAAAGUGGGAAAUGAUAAACACCUGACUGUCAGUGUUAAUGAGUCCAGCAGUGGAGACUACAUGUGUCAGUGUAGACGCAGAGACGACUGGUAUUCUGAGACAAAGUGGAGUGAAAAGAUCCCAGUGUCUGUGUCAGUGUCCAGUCCAGUCAGCUCUUCGUUUCUUGUGCUCUUAAUUGUUGGAUCGAUUAGUGGAAUCGUUCUCGUCGUCCUCCUGCUCUUGUUGUGGCGAUACAAACGGUCCAAUGAUUUAUGCUGCGUCCGCAGCCAGAGCUCUGCCACCAAUCAUGGAGUGGAUCAGACCGAAGGUCACCUUUACAGCUCUCUGCUGCAUGGCACCACCUCCCUGUAUGAGACAGUUCAUCCACCUGGAGCCAAUGGAAAUGAGAGGCGUCAUCAUCCAGAGGAAGGUUCUGUUUACGAUAAUGUGAGACCAGGACAUGAAAGACGCCAGUGAAGGUGAGAACUAGCGACCCGAACAACAAAAUG